AUGAAUUACGAAAAAACUCCGCAUCAUUGUGCUCCUGGGUAUCCGACGUUCUUCGAUCAUUUUGAGGAAGAUGAUUUUCUAUGGAGACCCUAUCUUGAACUUGAAGAUGAGGAUCCAACUGAAAGCGAUAUGUGGAGUUCUACAACAUUCAUAUUUUCUUUUACUUAUGUUGAAAUGAAUCAUUCAGAUAGGGUGAAACUCCAAUUCGGAAUUAAACAAGGCAUUCCUGGUCCACCUACAUGCAUGGAGAGGUACCACAAGAGUACAUCGAAUGACCAAUGGAAAUUCGAUAAUUGGAGAGACCAUAACAGACAAGAACGUUAG